AUGUUUGCUGAGUGCAGAGGGAGUCUCAAGAGGAGGCUGGGCCUAACUUCUUCUUUGCGGAGGGCUCUUGAUUCAGCUCAUCGCAAACAGAAGAGACAACAGGACAGAGGACCCCCUGCAAAGAGACGACCCCCUCCCCAGCCCAGGGGGCCGUGCUGGUUCUGUCUGGGGGGCAAGGAGGUGGAGAAACAUCUCGUGGUCUCCAUCGGAGAUCAUACGUACCUGGCUUUAUCCAAGGGUGGGAUGGUACCAGAGCAUGUGCUGGUCCCACUCAUCGGUCACUAUGCAGCCUCCACUGACGCACCACCAGAGGUUUUGGAGGAGCUUGGAAAGUUCAAGAGUGCUCUGAGGAAGUACUUCAACAGCAAAGAUCAGUCGUGUGUCAUCUUUGAGAGAAACUACAAAUCACAACAUUUUCAACUACAGGUUAUUCCAGGGACCGAGAUUCCAUCUGAUGCUCUGAGACAAGCCCUUAUAGAUUAUGGGCGGAGUAUGGGGGUGUGGCUUGAUACUGUGCCCACCACCCUCAGAGAGUUUGAUGAUGGGGGAAAUGUGUUCACAAGACCAUUUUCUCACCAACUCACGCAGACAAACACAACCAGAUCACUGAAUAUAGGUUAUCUACUACUUUGAGCUCAUGAGGUAAACAGCACUCUCAAGUGAGUAGGUAAGAACAUAUCCGUGAGUCUCGUCACACCGACAAUGCACACCUCUAACCUUUCUAUUGCAUACUCAGCAAAUGUCUCUUCCACAAAUCUGUCAUCAUACCUAUCGAGUGAACACACAAACUGUUCUAGUUCCUGGAAUAAUACGUACUGACGUUUCUCUCUCCAAUUUGGAAGGGAGGUGUUGGCUGCUCCUCUCGUUCUGAAUCUGCCCAAUCGGAUCAACUAGAAGUUGUGUCUGGCAAAAAAGGACGAGGAGACGAAAGCUGCUCUAGAAAUGAAAUUGACCAUUAUUUUUUCACCAUAAUUUAUUGACAAUGAUGAUCACUUUAAAUUCCUCAAUAUAAUAAUUAUUAUCACUUUCUCAUUCAUCAUUUAAAAUUCUCACUUGCUAUAAGAUUAUUUUUGUACGUGUUGUAAUUAUAAUGUUCGUAAUUUGAUUAUAAUUGUCAA